GAAACUUUGGGGACCCACACAGCGAUACAGGCUGGCACUUAAUGGAACAUAAAACCCAGCCCUGGAUACGCACAGCCGAGUCCAUCUACCUGCUACCCCAGAAGCUUCCGCCUCAGUCAAGACCUGGGAAAGGCCUCGCUGAAUCUUCCCAGAAGCAGCUGACACAGGACGAUGACACUGAUGACGUCGAGAUUGCUAUCGACAAUACAGCCUUCAUGGAUGAGUUCUUUUCUGAGAUUGAGGAAACUCGGCUCAACAUUGACAAGAUCUCCGAGAGUGUGGAGGAAGCUAAGAAACUCUACAGUAUCAUCCUGUCUGCACCGAUUCCAGAGCCAAAAACCAAAGAUGACCUUGAACAGCUCACAACUGAAAUCAAGAAGAGGGCCAACAAUGUCCGGAACAAGCUGAAGAGUAUGGAGAAGAAUAUUGAAGAAGACGAGGUCCGGUCCUCAGCAGACCUUAGGAUCCGAAAGUCCCAGCAUUCCGUCCUCUCCCGGAAGUUUGUGGAGGUGAUGACAAAGUACAACGAGGCUCAGGUGGACUUCCGUGAACGCAGCAAAGGGCGCAUUCAGCGGCAGCUUGAAAUUACUGGCAAGAAGACAACAGAUGAGGAGCUGGAAGAAAUGUUGGAGAGUGGUAACCCUUCCAUCUUCACUUCCGGGAUCAUCGACUCGCAGAUUUCCAAGCAAGCCCUCAGUGAGAUUGAGGGUCGGCACAAGGACAUCGUGAGGCUGGAGAGCAGCAUCAAGGAGCUCCAUGACAUGUUUAUGGACAUCGCCAUGCUGGUGGAGAAUCAGGGUGAGAUGUUAGAUAACAUAGAGUUGAAUGUCAUGCACACCGUGGACCAUGUGGAGAAGGCACGGGAUGAAACUAAAAAAGCCUUGAAGUAUCAGAGUCAGGCUCGGAAGAACCUGAUUUCACUCCAGCUUGGCCUGACCACUCUUGUCUCCGGAUGGGAAUGGAGUCUUAAUGGCCUUUCUGAGAACGAGGGGCACCUGUUCCUUUAUUUCCUUGUAACCACCCUUGGAUCUGGCUCAGCAAUCCCUGGAGGAAUCUAACCUACCUGAUGCAGCCCUGAGUUCUCCUCAAAAUCACCUCCCACCCUAGCAGCUGAAGUACCCUCCCUCCUGGACUGUGAAGCACCCAGCUUUUCCUCCCAUCUGGUGUGUCAAUUAUGCCUUGUGUGUUGGAAAGUGCCUGUGAGACCAGCCUGAGGCGCUGUUUUUCUACCUCAUAGAACAUUCUCCUGGAAUAUACUUUGUAGGGGAGUAAUUAACAAAAUAGAGGGGUUCUUCUAAGUUUGUCAGUAGUGUGGCUUGGAUCAGAGCCCCGAGCUGGCAAGAUGCUAGUCCUUAGUUUGUUGUCCUGUGUCCUGAAAGCGUGAGGGACUAACAGAUGCCAUUUUGGCCUUAUAUGUUGACUUAUUUGAAAUCCACCCUUUAAUUAAACUCCAAGUUCAGCAUGCAGCCCACUUUGAAUUUUCUCUGUAUUCUUGUUUACUCAGAGUGAUCAGGGUGACAGUCCUCUGAAGCUGUCGUGGGCAGAGACUGAGGUUAUGGGAUACGCCUCCAUGUCUGAGUCUUGGGAACUGGCUAGUCAUUGUUAGAGAAUCAUUCUUUGUGAAGCUAUUACUUUGAGGCCAAGAAGAACCAGGGAUUUACAACUGGGCCAGGGACAAGGUGCUACAGUCUCAGGCUCUGAAAGUCAGUCAUUUGUGUGUUCCAGGUGUACUUUUAUAACUGUAUGUGAGAGAUAUGUACAUAACUGUCUGCCUCUAGGAAAACUAGAAGAUACUCUGAUCUCAAAAAAAAAAAAGAAAGAAAGAAAGAAAGAAAAAAAAGUGACAAGGUAAACAAUAGACUUAGGCUAAAAUCAAGUAAGGGACAUGUGUCUGGCUCAAGUGAUCACUGUAGACAUGUGAUUUUCCCCUUGCCAUCACAGAGCUUGUGUUCUGGAUGGCUGCUGAGACGGGAAUCAAAUGAGACCUUUGAAGUAAGGACCGAGUUGAUUCCCAUUGAAUUUACCUGCAUAGCAGAUAGUGUAAUAUUUAUUUAUUCCCAUCUGCUACCUACAAGAGAGUGGUCCAGAGAGCAUCCCGCAGCUACCUGAUGUUAUCUGCAUUAUCCAUAUGAUGUCCCUCUCUGGCAGGCUUCCUGCUCUCUUGUCUCCUGCAAGUCUUAUCAUGGAGGCAACAGCCUGGAAGUCUUUAUUUAGUGAUUGCAACCCAGUGGUAAGCCUUAGACCUUUGGUGGUUCCUGCCAGUAUCCCUGAUUGGAUAAUUAAGACCCAACUUUAAUAUUUUGUGAGGCAGGGAGAACAUUCUAAUCCAGACCCUGCCCAUGAGCUUCCUUUGUAAAGGCUCUUUCUUCAGUCAUCCAGACAGAGCCACAGGGAUGCCCUCCUCCCUAUGGCUGUGAUGUCUGACUGGACAAGGGCCCCCAGCUAGGAGGGGAGAUAACCCUCAGUGCAGGCCUUCUCUCUCCUUUGACCAUGAGUUUGGGGGGAUAAAGGUUUGAAACGAAUGUCACAUGUGAAGGGCUUUUGUUGUUUGUAUUUUUUAAAAUGUAAACUUGAUUAUUUUAUUGCUAAUUUAAAAAUAAAUGACUUUAUAUUGAUUGCAAAACACUUUGGUGAUUUGGUGCCACCAUGUGGUGACUUUUGGUGCCCCAGAAGAGACUGCCACUCAACAUGAUCUAGUAGGAAAUAUGGGACUUGUUGGGAUGCUCUCCAGAAGGCAGAAAGGGCAAGACGCAGAUCCCUGUGGAUAUGAUUAAGUCUAACCUGGAAACAAUCCUGUGAACAGGCCAGAUCCAUCCAUUUUCCUUCUGGCGUUUCCUGUCCCCUCCCUCUCCCACGUCUAGCUGUACCCGUCUCUUUGGUCAGUGUGUAUCUGCACAGUGAUGCUGUUUCUCAUGUAAUUCUCUCUCCUUAUGAUGAGCAGAAGAAGAUCAUGAUCAUGAUCUGCUGUAUUAUCCUUGCCAUCAUCUUGGCUUCCACCAUUGGGGGCAUAUUUGCCUGAAGAAGGUGAGCUGUCUGGGUGAGGGCGGGCCUGCUGUCACUUACUUAACACCUUAUCUUCUCCUUGCUCUCGUUGUAUGUCACCAGAUUGCCUAAUAAGGGGUGGGGGUGGGCGCAGGACUAGGUGAAUGGUAGAGAAAAUCAAGGAAAGGGAUGUUUUGGGAGAAGUAGGUGAGGAAUGACUGGGAGUAGGUUGUCAGGGAGAUGGGAGACAAGGUAGGAGUCUGCCCCAUGAUUGAGUCUGGUAGGAUAGUGAUUCUGAACAAUAAGGGUGUUCAUUCCUCUUGUACAAUCUCAACCCUUGUAUUUAGAAAUGGUAAAAGGAGUAAGAAUUAAUUUUUGUAUUGAACUUGCCUUAAAAUCCCCAUGUCCAAGGUUAGGACGAACCAGUAGUUUUGAGAGUAGUUUCUCACCCCUGCAAAGGAGAGUUGGUAUCCUGUGCAUGAGUACCAUGCUGUGUAAUACAUAAUUUUCCUUUCCCUUUUCUGUUACUUCCUUCCGCCCUCACAGAUGGAAUCUCAACAGGCAUCUUCAGUCCUCCACCUCUCUGGUGCCAUCACUUCUCCCCUUCAGAGUCCUCAACAACUCCGCCUCUUUUCAUUAGUAAACUUACAACACAGGGCACCAAUCAACUGUUUUUCAAUGUUACAGAGGGGGAAGAAAUGAACUGAAGGCGGUAUGGAUGAAGGAACAGGGAGCGCAGCAAUGUGCAGCUGGUUUAGAAGUUCUUGAAGGGCAGGCUGUGGUGGAGAAGCACAGUGGCCCCUGCUAGGGUCUAACACAGAGCCUGAGGGCCAGGACAGUGGAGAGUCAGGUGAUGUACAUGCCGCAUUCAUGGGGUCUUCAGUGCACUGAGUCUGUCUCACAACAUGGUACUCAGUACUUUACUCUAAAGGCUCUUCUAGGCCUCAACCUUAGCCAACCAUGUCUGCUUCCUUCUUCAGGGUCCAAGAAUAAUUUUAAAGCCUAGACUGUUUCAGGAUUGGCACCAUGCCUAUCUUUACCACCACCAUGUCCCUACUGCUUAGCACAGUGCCUGCCACCUUCACAUACUCGCUUACUUGUAGUCAAGCUUUGAUUUCAUUCAUGGAAGAGUUCUCAAGCUUGGUUUUUAAACUCUUUAAGGUAUCAUAGGGAACAUGGUUUAUUGCUAUCAGAGGCUUAUGCAAAAUUACCACAAACACCCCCAUUACCAUAUCAUACUCUUUAAAGUGUCUUUCUUUGUGUGUGUGGGGGGGUAAGUAGAAGUUGGGUUUCUAUUGGUGGUAUAGAUUUCUAUCAAUAGCCUCUCAUUUGGCAGAGAUGGUGGUUGGUUUCAGGAUAGAGGUUCACUAACUUCAUUCCUUCACCAAAAGGAAGAAGUUUAUACUAUGAUUCAGUUCCCAAUAGCCAACCAAACCAGCACACUUUGUGAUCUGGAACAGUGGGA